GUUGCUUCGUAAAGGGGGAAUUCUGGAAUUGCAAAAGUAAACAGAUGCUACAGCGGUCUUCUGAGGUGUUUCGACGACUUCAACUCGUCUCCUGCCUAAAUAUUUCCGUCUGAAACUCUCUGAAACACUGAUUUACUCAAUAAAUAAGUCUUUCUGUAAAGAUUUGAGUCAGAUUAAAAGCAAUAUUUUGAGAUCAAAUCAUUUUAAGUAGGUAAAGUUUGUCAGUUCCUCAAACAGCGUGAGAAUGGUGAACUGCGGUCUUCUGACAGGGUUGAAUGAGCCAGUUCCUCUGAAGAGCAUCUCAGUGGAGGUUCGGGUUCAGGAUCAUGUCGCCUCAGUCUCCUCCACUCUGCAGUAUGUGAAUGAGGAGCAGCGCCCCCUGGAGGCCUUGUUCGUCUUCCCUCUGCCUGCUGAUGCUGCUGUCUGCCACUUCAGUGCCAAGAUCGGAGAGCAGGAGAUUGUGGCAGAGCUUCAAGACAAGGAGACAGCGAGGGAUCAGUAUGAUGAUGCUGUGAGUUCAGGACAGCAGGCGUUUCUGUUGGAAGAGAGCGCAGAGAGUCCUGAUGUGUUCAAACUGAGUGUCGGGUGUCUGUCGCCGGGUCAGAACGCUGCCGUCACCAUCAUCUACGUCAUUGAGCUCGCUGUGCAGGCCGACCAAUCACUGCGCUUCUGUCUGCCGGCUGUUCUCAACCCCAGAUACACACCAGCAGGUUCAGGUGCUGGUAUAGUGUCAGAGAUUUCAUCAGUAUGUGGAGCAGUUCCCUACACUCUGACUCUCAGUGUCCAUGUGAGCUCUCCAAAGCCCAUCUCCAAACUAGAGUCCAACUGCACUCUGGAUCCUCUAGUGUUCCUCCACUCUGAUCACACUCAGGCUACGGUGAAUCUGAGUCCUGGUCACAUGUUUGAUAGGGAUGUUGAGCUGUUUCUGUACUAUCAGGACACCCAUCAGCCCUCUGCUGUAGUGGAGGCAGGAGUGGCCACUGCACCGUCAGGCUCUCUAAUGAGAAACCCUGUAGUCAUGAUUAGUUUGUAUCCAGAGUUCCCAGAAGAAGUGGCAACUCAAAAUGAGUUUGUUUUUGUGAUGGACAGAUCAGGCAGUAUGGACUUCAUGAUGCAUCAUGGAAUAGGAGCACAGAAAUGUAUUGAAAGUGCAAAGGACACUCUGCUCUUACUGUUAAAGAGUCUGCCCAUGGGAUGCUACUUCAACAUCUAUGGAUUUGGAUCUGAUUUUGAGUCUUUCUUCCCUAAAAGUGUCGAGUACAACCAGGACAAAAUGGAUCAAGCUCUUAAAAAAGUGAAGGAAAUGCGAGCUGACAUGAGCGGCACAGAGAUUUUACAGCCUCUAAAACACAUCUACAGUCAGGCCUGUAUCCCUGAACACCCCAGACAGCUUUUCAUCUUCACUGAUGGAGAAGUAGGAAACACUAAAGAGGUGCUGGAUCUGGUGAAAAGUCACGCUCACUCUCAGAGGUGUUUCUCGUUCGGGAUUGGUGAAGGUGCGAGUACCGCCCUCAUCACAGGAUUGGCCAGAGAGGGAUCUGGUCACGCUCAGUUCAUCACAGGCAGCGAGCGCAUGCAGCCCAAAGUGAUGGAGUCCCUCAGGCUUGCUCUUCAGACCGCUGUGUCUAAUAUAUCUGUGGAUUGGACACUUCCAGAGGGUGUUACUGCUGAAACAGUUUCUCCACCCAUCAAUGUGCUCUUCCAGGGUCAAAGGACUAUCAUUUAUGCCCAACUUAAAGGAAAGACUUUAGAAGGCUCUGAGGGAUCAGUGACAGUCAAAUUCAACCUGAACGGUCAACCAGUGACAAACCAGCUGCACUUCUGCAUCAAACCAACUGAGGAAACAGGGUUGGCUGUUCACCGGCUGGCAGCUCGAACCCUGAUCCGUUCUCUAGAGCAAGAGGAGAGAUCUAGUGCUGAACGUAAGAAUCUCAGGAGAACAAUAGUGGAGCUCAGUGUUCAAGCAGGAGUGAGUAGUGUUCAUACAGCCUUCAUUGGCAUUAAUAAAGACACAAAACAGACUGUGAAAGGACCCCUGCAGCAGAGAAGAGUGCCGACAUACGAGCGACAGUUGAUGAGGAGGCGAAUGUCAGAGAGAAUGAGAGAUCGAGACAGAACGAGCGAAUACAACUAUUUAUUCCCACCGCUAGCAGAGAGAAUGAGAGAACGACAGAGAACGAGAGAAUGCCGCCAUUAUUUACCACCGCAAGAAGAGUCUGUCAGGAAUCGCCUCCCACUGAGAAAAGCUGCUCCUGAGCUCCAGCAGGAUCUGGUACUCCCGCUGGUUUCCCUCCAGAAGGCCUCGGGCUGCUGGGAACUGGACGCCGCAUUGGCUGCUGUGUUUGGGAAGACGGAGGAUGAGCUGACCAAUCAGAAACCAGCACAGGUGGAUGGGUCAGUGUGGGCCACUCUCCUGGCUCUGGUCUGGUUGUACGGCUGGAGGAAAGAGCAGCAGGUGGAGUGGCAGUUUGUGGCCCAGAAGGCAGCGGCGUGGAUCGCCUCUCAGAAAGUGGGCGAUCUGUCUCAGUGUGUGUGUGUGGGUAAUGUCCUGCUCGGAUGUCAGGUCACCAAAGACACUCUGGGGAUCUGAAGAUAUCAGAAGACCAAAGUACAGACACCAUUACAUUUAUACUUAAUCUCUUACUCUCUUCAGAAACUUUUAAUCUGUGAUUUUAUUUGCUCAAAUCAACACUAAAUCCUAACUGAACCUGACCUCCACCAUCAUUAGAUGAAACCGGUCCAACCUUCUUCUACACAACAAUGAUGGAUCUGUUCAUUUCUCAGUUCAUAUUGAAUAUUAAAAGACAAUUUAUUAGAAUUAAUGACUUAUUUUACAAAAAGACAAUCAUUUUGAGGAAUAAAACACAGUGAACUCAAAAGAGCUUCGGCCUCAGAUAAGCUUAUGAAACUGAUGCUAAAAUAGCAAACCUAAUAACAGAGCCGUUCACACCAAGCAUGAUAAUGAGCGUUAAGCCCUCUUUAAUAAGAUUAUUUAAAGAUAAUGACUAAUGGAAAAGAUAAUUAAAAUCCACAACUCCAGGCCAGCAAAUUGAAGUAUAAGAAUAAAAGUACCUCAGUUAUCCAGAUUCAGCAUCUUUGUGUUUCCUCAUUUUAAAUAUACAUGUUGUUUUUAUCCACUAAACUGACUACUAUAGGAAAAACCGAGACCAACACAUUUGGCGUUGUCCUUUAUUUUGGUCUGUCAUGAAAACAGAGUAAAGGCCUGUUCAUACCAAACAUGAUAACUAUAAAUAUGAAUAUAAUGGUAAAUAUAUUUGUGUUGUGAAGUCUGAUGACAUUAAUUAUAUGAGACGAAAAAAUCACUGAUGUGUUCUGAUAUUCCAAUGCGUAAAGGCAUGAAAGUGAGAGAAAGGACUGGGGCCGAACCAACAAUUCAGCUGGAGGAACUUUGGCUGACCUCACUGCUCAGCUUACACCAGGGAAACACCCUAUUCCUGGAGGCACACUGGCAGUACAUAUUUUGUACGUCUCCCUUAUCUGACCCAUUUACUUCAGGUUUUAGAGUCUCUUCUAAUGUUCUGAUGAGUUGAUUCAGGUGGAAAAUGUGUACUGUUGGUGUGCCUUCAAGAACAGGGUUGGGAAACACUGGCUUACACACAUGACUCUCAGUGCAUGAAUGCACACUAUACAUGCUGAUGAUAAAACUGCCUAAAAUGUUGGUUCAUGUUUUGUUAUAUACUCUGAUGACUAUGUAUCUGUUUGCCAGAGGGAUUAACUCACUGUUCAAUUGAUAAGCAUGCUCAUGAACGUAUGGUUUAAUUAGGUUAUAAACCUGUGUCUAUGAAUGACCCAUGCUCUGUUUCUCCAAACCUGUUUCUUAACACUGUUUCUGAAACCUUUUACUGAACACUGUUUCUGGACACGGUCCUAGUAGUAGAUCUUUAUCUAUGCAUAAGAAGUAUAAAAAGCUGGAAUAUAUGAACCAGCUGCGCGCUUUCUGACUGCUCCAUACUGAAUGUCUUAGACCCUUUAUUCUCAACUCAGGACAAAGUAAAGGAUUUUGUUAUUUGUAUCUUUGUUUAUUCUACUUUUUCACUGGAUUUUAUUCUAUUAAUAAAAGUGUAUUUUGUUAAUUUU